AUACCUUCUCACAGAACUCGCAAGGUUCACGACGUUCGGAAUGUCACACGAUGAAGAGAUGGCCGAUGCGAGCGCGGGCGCUGAGGUCAACGGCGAAGAGAUUGUGGUCGGCAAGCAGCGACUAACUCUGCUUCGCGGAUCCACCGAUACAGCUGCAUCAUUCGCAUUCGAGAAAGAAGACCACACUCUCGGCAACGCGCUACGAUACAUGAUCUCCAAGAAUCCUGAUGUCGAGUUCGUCGGAUACUCAAUACCGCACCCUUCAGAAGCUGUCAUGAACCUGCGAAUACAGACAUGGGAUAAUGUCAGCGUCUUUGAAGUUCUCAAGAAAGGUCUUCAAGACCUCGCGGACAUGUGCGAUGUCGUCGAGGAGAAAUUCACCACUGCGCGCGAUGACUACAUGGCCCAGAAUCCUGAUGGCGUGCACGACAAAUGAUCAGUGAGCACGAAGAAAGGAAGAAAUGCUGAUCAGAUCAGCCACGCAAGUCAUCCGAGAAGAAGAAGCGCACGAAUGGCAGAGCUGAGCCGAGGUUGGCUCGAACGUCAGAUGGCUGGUGUAUGAAAGGAUCUGUGCUACCAUGGAUGCGACCAACCUCCCAGGCCAACUCGACGUCAAUCAGCAAUGGCUCG